AUGGGACCAUUUGCACAAUUUGCUUUAAUAUUAGGUGCUUCUUUUAUUGGGAUUUCAAUUGGGCACUCUCUUAUAAGAGGACUCCUUGGUGGUGGCUCACAAAGCCAUAGACCAGCUCAGCAGCAGUAUCAGCAGGCUCCUCAGGUUCCUCAGCCAUGCCAAAUUGAGGCUCAACAACUAGGACAAUGCAUAGAGUUCGCAAGCAAAGAUAUUUCUAAAUGCCAAAUCUAUAUGGAUAAUCUUAAACAAUGCCAACAAAGAUCCCAAGGAUAUCAAGUUUAA